GGAAGUGGAGGGAGUGUUUCACUCCACUCGCCGGAAGUUGCAGUUCCCACGAGUUUCUGGGCUUCUUUACCGCUCGGUUUUUCUUUCCCCCGCGCGAAUCUACUGGAGAUAACAUGCAUCUGGCUCAGCUCCUCCAGUUACCUGUAAAAAUAAAUUAAUCAGAACUGCUUGACACCUUCCUGAAUAAGACUUAGUAGAGGCCAGUAUGAUUCACUUCAUCCACAGCUUUUCUCAAGUAUCUUCAAAGAUGCUGACAUGUCCUUUCACAGUGAGACUGGGAGCCAGCAGAAUGGAUGCCCUUUAUUUCAAGACAGUUCUUCAGAAGUUUUCUCCUUUGUGUCCAAAGCCUCAACUUUUCCAAUCAUUUCCAGUAUGUUUGAACAAGACACAAUGCUAUCAUACAUCACCAUGCUGCUUUAAGAAGAAGGAAAAGCAAACAGUUGCCAGGCCACCAAGCACUAUCACUUACCUGCUCGAUAGCCCAAAGCCAGCAUUAUAUCUAACUCUGGCAGGGCUAAUCCCUUUGGUUGCUCCACCAGUGCUCAUGGUCAUGGCAAAGACCUAUAUCCCUGGAUUAGCUUUUUCUCAGAUGGCUUAUGGAGCCAGUUUCUUAUCUUUCUUAGGAGGAGUCAGAUGGGGCUUUACUCUACCAGAAGGUAGUCCAGCCAAACUAGACUACCUUAAUUUAGCUAACAGUAUAACUCCUGUUGUGUUUUCAUGGUUUGCUUUCCUCUGUGAAGGACUCACUGAGGCCAUAGUCACAAUUGUAGUAGGUUUGGGGAUAGCAUUACAUGUUGAAGUUUUUCUCUUGCCACAGUAUCCCAACUGGUUCAAAGGCUGGAGGAUAGUAACCACUUUAGUGGCAUCUUUUUCAUUUGCAGUCACUUUAGUGGUUCAGAAUAUUUAUCCAGAGAAAGGACACAAGAGUCAUCAUCAAGUAGAAUAAAUGUAAAAUUACUUUGUUGAUAACAGCCUGUUGGCUACUAGACUUGUAAAGUUUCAGUUUGCCAUCACCUUCUAACUCCCCUGUUUGGCUCUUUUUUUUUUUUCCCCCUAGCAAAACUAAUUUAUUUGUCUCAGGUUUUUCAUUUCUUUUAUUUUUGAUUUUUUUUUGUCUGUCAUGGGGCUUCAACUCAGCUCCAAGCCACUGUC